AUGUCCGACUGCUCCGUAAACGAUGGCUCGGUUGAAACUCGCCUACCAGACGGGCGUUCAAUUUUCGAUUUAAUAACCUCAAAUAACCUUAAUGCAAUACGUUCACUUCUUACUCCCUUAACGUUACGCGAACGACAAACGAUCGUUUAUCAAAAGAUCGAAAACAAAACGCUUCUCUAUCAUGCCUGCGAACGAGGCUUCAAAGACAUCGCGAAAUAUCUUUUAGACGAAUGUGGGGCUGAUAUCGAUGAUGGCUACUGUGACCGCAGUGAAUCAGUUUCUCCACUCCUCGUAGCUAUAAGGAAACUAAAUGUUUUCCUAAUGAUGUUAUUAAUGAGGCGCGAAGCCGCCGUUGGACACGGACUCUGUGAAACGGCUUGUGCUGAUUAUGCUUUCAAAAACAGGUACAACUCUUUGAUGUCUAUAUUGAGUUUGUACAAAAACAAAGUACAUCGGUCAAAUUUACUUAUAUCAACGCCAGAAGGAGUCGGAUAUAGCGGGUUAUUUAUGUUCUUUUGGGUUUCGGAAUUGUCCUAUGAUAUCAGGAGCAGCGAUUUCUUGUUGGCCACUGCGAAUGGACACAUCGCUCGAAUGAAGACGUUGCUGGCGUGUGGUGUAAACAAAAAUCAUAAAAACGAACAAGAAGAGAACGCAUUAUGUGUGGCCAUCAUGAGGAACCAAAAGAAUGCAGAAAACUUUCUGAUUAAUUAUAAAUCUUACACGUUGAAGUCCUACUCGCAAGCUUUGGAAUUCUGCGGAGCGAAAUUCAUAGUUUUUAGAUCUAAUGAACAGAAAGGGCUUGAAUGCUGGAGGAAGUCUCUACGAAUUCGUUGGGAAAAUUGCAUCGGUUUUGCCGAUAAGACUCUAAUGAAAAUCGAAACUGACUUGGGAAUCGAAUUCCAGACAGAAGACGACAUCGAUCGUUUUCAAGAGGCGGAUGUUUACUUACAAGCGUUGAUUGUUUUACUUCGAUUGCUAUCCAGGUUCAGUCAUUUGCUUCACAACGCGUUCAUCAUGGUAGCCAAACACCGAGUCCUCAGAGAAGAUCUCUUACAGUCUAUAAAAAUUCUCUCGGAAGCGUAUGAUUUCCCGACAAGACGUCUUCAAGGCGUCCGGUCUCCGACAUUCAGAUCUGUCGAGACAGUAAUUAAAUUGUUUCGCGAUCGUUUUCUUCGUAGUGUAGGCGAUGUAAGUGAAUAUUUAUACGGACUUAAACAAUUAUUUGAUUUCUUAAAUGCCGAUACGUGGGGAAGUCUUCUCAGAGGUGCCGUUGAGUUUUACAAAGUUGCAUACUGUGAACUCCUCGAAAUUCUUCUUGCUAAUAUUCAGGCCUUGAAAAGAUACGAACUAAACCAAAAGGAAAAGCUUUGGAUUGAAGCUUGCGUUGGUACAAUACUACGAAUGUCCUCGUAUCCUUAUCCAACGACACUUUUACAUAGAGCAAUUCUAAGUGAGUUUCCGUUAGAUGUUAUAUCUUUCCUUCUGAAAUGCUCUACUGAUGCCAAUUGUCCUGAUGCACUCGAAAAUAGUCCGCUGCACCUUGUUUCUCUAUUGCCCAAAGAGAAUUCCCAUUUAUUUUGCUUAACCCAUUUAUUGAUAAACGCCGGUGGCCAUAUUGAUGCAAUGAAUAAAUAUGGAAUCAGACCGUUAGAACUUUUGAAAACGAAACGCGUCUUGGCGAAUCCUUUGAAAUUCCUCUCUUUACAAUGUCUUGCCGCUCAAGUAAUCUAUAAGAAUGGAAUCGUCGUGAGUGAAAAGACCUUCCCUAAAAUCUUGGUCGGGUUCAUAAAACUUCAUUCAGCUUGA